AUGGACAUAGAUGUUACUGAUGUCUUGGCUUUAGUCCUUGGACUUAUUAUUAUUAUGUAUUUUUUGUUUCAGCCAAGAAAUCCAAAUUCCCCCCCUUUUAUCCGCGGCUGGAUCCCUUGGUUUGGAGCUGCAUUUCAGUUUGGGAAAGCUCCUCUGAAGUUUAUAGAACAAGCCAGAAACAAGUAUGGACCAGUGUUCACCGUGUACAUUCUGGGAAAUCGAUUCACCUUUGUGACUGAGACAGAGGAUGUUCUUGAAUUUCUGAAGUCUAAAGAAACAGAUUUGGAUGAAGCGGUGCAGCAAGCCAUCCAACGCACGGUUUCAAUCUCCAAAGAAAGCUUUCAUCAGAACCGUAGCAUGUUCUUCAAACUGAUGGUACAACAACUGAGUUCCUCUAACCUGCAUCAGUUCUCUGAGACUCUGUGUAAAGAAUUCCAUGAGCACGUGGAGCAUUUGGGCAAAGAAGGAACUGAGGAUCUCAGUGACCUAGUAAGGCAUAUCAUGUGUCCAGCAGUAAUGAAAACCUUGUUUGGGAAAAGCUUCUGUCCAAUAAAUGAGGAGUUUGAAAGGCAUUUUCAGAAUUACGAUGAAGGAUUUGAAGUCGGGUCCCAGAUGCCUGAAUUUUUUUUAAGGAACUGGGCUAAAUCCAAAACCUGGUUACUUAACGUAUUUGAAAAGAUUGCAACAGACAUAAAGAAAGACAAAUCUUCAGAAAGUGGCUCUAAGACACUAAUACAGCAUGUCCUGGACAAUUUGCAUGGAAAUGGAGCUUCCGGUUAUUUGCUGCUCUUGUUCUGGGCUUCCCAAAUUAAUGCUGUUUCGGGUGCCUUUUGGACCCUGGCAUUUAUACUAUCCAACCCUUCUGUUUACAAGAACAUCAUGGAGGACAUAGGUUCUGUUUAUGGCAAAGCAGGUGAAGCUAAGAUUGAAGUCGUUGACGAUGACCUUAAGAAACUUCCAUUAAUUAAGCAGUGUAUUUUGGAAGCCUUACGGCUAGCAGCCCCAGGUUCAGUCAUAAGGAAAGCACUGAAGCCACUAAAAGUUCAGAAUUUUGUCAUUCCACCUGGUGACUUUCUGAUGGCAUCACCUUAUUGGUUGCACAGGAAUCCAAAAUAUUUCCCUGAGCCUGAAAUAUUUAAGCCUGAUCGUUGGGAAGAGGCAGCGUUAAAGAAGAAUGCUUUCUUGGACGGCUAUUUGGUAUUUGGAGGAGGAAAGCACCGGUGUCCAGGAAGGUGGUUUGCUCUAAUGGAGACUCACAUGUUAGUUAUUAUACUCCUUUAUAAAUAUCAGUUUACUCUUUUGGACCCAAUGCCAAAGCAGAGUCUUCUCCAAUUAUCAAGGGUGUGUCAACCCGAUGGACCAUGCAGAGUGCGGUAUAAACGCAGAGAAUGAAAAUUUUAUUUUAUUAACUUGGUUUCCUGUACCAGCCACCUCCAGAGUGAUGGACCAUUUGGCUUUUCUGAUUUGGCAUUUCUUCUGUUCCUUAAUGAAUUCACAGUUUUAACACUUUUAAUAGGAAAAGGUUCAUAUGCUGAGAAUGCUCAGAGUCAUAUCUUCAGAUGGUGUAAAUCUACGUAUCUCCUUUGAUUUCAGUUGCCUUCAGUGAAAGCUGUGUCAGUUUACACUAGCUGAGGACCUGGUCUUUAGUAUCUAACCGAAGAACAAAUUAUUGUGAAUGGAAUGUUUUUGUGAACAGAUUAAUAGAUUCCAAGGUCAGAAGGAACUGCUCUGAUCACCUAGUCUGACUUCCUGUCUAAACGGAGGCCAUAGAAUUUCCCGGAAAUACUUCAUGUUUGAACUACAGCAUCUCUUUUAGAAAAACAUCCUAUCUUGAUUUAAAAGUUGUCAAUUAUAAAGAUUCCACCAUGACCCCUGGUAAACGUUCUAGUGAUUCAUUACACUCAUUGUUGGAAAUGAGGAGUACAUUUUUAAUCUAAAUUUGCCUAACUUCAAUUUCCAACCAUAAGAUCUUGUUAUACAUUUGUCUGCUUAGAUUAAAGAGCCCCAUUGUCAAAUGUCUGUUCCCCAUGUAGGUAUUUAUAGACUGAUCCAGUCACCCAUUAACCUUCUCUUUCUCUGAACCCUCUCCAUUUUAUCAAUAUCCUUCUUGUUGCGUUAUGGACAUCAGAAAUGAACACAGCAUCCUAGCAGUGGUCACGCCAGUACCAGAUACAAGUGUAAAAUAACCUCUCUACUUUCAAGAUUCCCCUGUUUACCCAACCCAGGAUCACAUUAGCCCUUUUGACCACAGUGUCACACCGGGAGCUCAUGUUCAGGUGAUUAUCCACCAUGACCCCUAAAUCUUUUUUCAGAAUUACUGCUCCCCAGAAUAGAGUCCUCCAUUCUGUAAACAUGGCCUACAUUCUUCGUUCAUAAAAAUAUUACAGAAAAUUCCCACUUUCGACACAUACGCAUCUCUGAACAAUCUGAAGGAAUCACUCUAUCACAGGGGUCGGCAACCUUUCAGAAGUGGUGUGCCAAGUCUUCAUUUAUUCACUCUAAUUUAAGGUUUUGUGUGCCAGUGAUACAUUUUAAUG